CUCGCUUGGCAACCGAAUGCCAACUUCGUCGACCGACGAUUCAAGUUGCGUCUGGCAACCAAAUGCCGACUUCUUCAACCACGAUCAAGUUGCGCCGCCACCGUGAAAAUCGUCGAGGAUCUAGUCUAGUCGUCUUCCAUUUAUAUUCCUCUUCUCCAUAUCAUUGCGUUGGGGUUGAAGCAGGUCAUUCCACCGAAAAAUCACCGAAAAAUCACCGAAAAAUCUUCACGAUCAUAUUAGCGAAACUGCUCUUCGGAUUGGGUAUCUGGUCUCGGCGGUCGGUUCGGUUCGGUUGAUGAAUAUGGUUCAAAUUAAACUCGGAACUCUUGGAUUUAGGAGUAUUCAAUCUAUGGAUUGCUUUCGUUCCUCUACUGAUUUUGGUUAGUUCUGCUCUUCUCUUUUACGUUUGUAUUGUUUUAUAUGUUUUUACUCCUUAGUCUGUGUUUGAUUGUUUCAGUUUCUUUGUUUAUUUAUUGUUGUAAGUUUGUUAAAUGAUGUUCUUUGCAUACCGUGUUCAUCUGGAACCCUGGAGAAGGCGGGUUUUGGGAAAACAGAGGUGAUUGUUUCAGAAACAGGGUGGGCAUCUAAAUGUGAUGCGAAUGAAGUUGGGGCGAAUGAGGAGAAUGCUAGGACUUAUAAUAAAAAUCUACGAAAGAGAUUGUUGAAGAAGAAGGGUAUUCCUUAUAGGCCGAAGAGAACUGUGAAGGGAUAUGUUUUCGCAUUGUUUAAUGAGAAUCUGAAACCGGGUCCUACUUCUGAGAGGAAUUUCGGAUUGUUUAAGGCUGAUGGAAGUACUGCUUAUGAUAUUGGGUUUAGGGGUCUUGUACCCUCUUUGGGUUCAUCAUUUAAGAUUAAGAAUUUCAGGUUUGGCGGUUGGACAAACAUGGCGGCAUGGGCUAUGGCCACUCUGUUUCUCAUUCAUUUCAAGAAGACGAGAAGGAUUCACUGUCAAACUAGAAGAAGUAGAGGAUUGGCUGUAUGAAGAUGGGGAAGAUGAGACUAAAGGAGUAUACGUUGAUAAAGUUGAUGAACUCAAGAAGCAAGGUGAUCCUAUUGAAGAGCGCCACAAGGAACAUACAGAGAGGGAUUCAGUGAUAGACCAGCUUGUAUAUAGCAUCAAUAGCUACAGAGGCUGUAAUGUCAACUGAUCCCAAGUUCGAUCAUAUUGAAUUAUCAGAGAAGGAAAAGGUACGAUACACAAUUGGUUUUCUUAUACAAAAUGUAUUAAGAGUUUUUUUCGCAUAUAAUCUCUCUAUUUUAUCUAUAUUAGUAACACCUUGUUUGGAAGAAUACCUCUAA